AUGUCAGAUCUAGGAGAGUACCUUGAAGGAGAGGCAAGAUGUAAUUUUCUCAUAACCAAAAUGAAAGAGAUUAAAUCCAUCUACAUGAACUUAAAAUCUGAGGUGGCCAGCAUAGAU